AUGGAAUCAAAUAAUACCAAUAGUAGUUUAAAUGUAUCAUCUUUGAAUAAAGUUCCACAACAAUUGUCAGCUGCUAUAAAACAACAGCAACAGCAACAGCAACAACCACAAAAACAACAACCACAAUCAACUGUAAAACCACCAAAAGUACUCAAACCACUUUGUCUCAAUGGAACUAAAAUCGAUUUUCCAGUUGCAGCAUUGAAAUCCUUUAUGGAUGGACCUUACGAACCAUUUUUAGAUCAUCUCAGAAAUAUGUUUAAUCAACCGACAUUCUCGAUUUUGUCGGACGGUGGUGAUUUGAAUUCUCGCCGUAGAAACGCAUCCAUGAAAUGCAAAGCUUUCCUCGAGCAAUCGGGAAUUGCCUACAAAGAUAUCAAGUCAGAGAUUGGACGUCUAAUGGCACCGGCUGUCGUAAUCGGAAUGCUUUGUGACUUCUCUGCCAGUGUAAAGAUGGGUGUGCACGUCUGGCUUUACGGUGGAUCGAUUGCUCAUCUCGGUACUGCCAAACACCAGGAGUUCUACAAUGAUUCCGUCCGUAAAUUCGAAGCACCAGGUUGUUUUGCCAUGACAGAACUCGGACAUGGAUCGAAUAUCCGUUCACUCGAGACCAUUGCAACUUACAACCACGCCCGUCGAUCUUUUGUAAUCCAAACUCCAACCGCAUCGGCACGUAAGGUAUUUUUAGGAAAUUCAGGUGAGGCACAAUUCGCAGUGGUUUUUGCUAGAUUAUUGAUGCCAUCUCAUGCCGGACAACAAGCUCAGGAUCAUGGACUCCACGGAUUCGCAGUGAGAAUUCGUGAUACCAAUAAGAGUUUAUUCAGAGGUGUAAACUGGUCGGAUUGCGGCGAAAAGAUGGGUUUGAAUGGAACUGACAAUGGAUAUCUUUGGUUCGAUCAAUUCGAAGUUCCUUAUGAUGCACUUUUGGAUGCUCAUGGAUCGAUCGACGUCAACGGUGUCUACACCAGCAUUCACAAGAACCAAGGAAAGCGUUUCACAGCCAUGUUAUCAGCUCUCUUCUACACUCGUUUAGCUGUUAGUGGUGGAUGUGUAGGUGCAUCACAAGCUGCAUUAUCCAUUGCAAUUAAUUAUGCAUUCCAGAGAAGACAAUUUGGAUUACCACAACAACCAGAAGAAUUAUUGAUUCACUAUUCAACUCAUCAAUCUAGAUUGAUGCCAUCUUUGGCAGGUUCUGUGAUUAUGGGUGUUGUUCAGAUGUAUAUUGAAGAGCGUUGGGCAAAGGUAUCGGCUGUGGAUCAACGUGAAGUAGAAACAUUGAUUUGUGGAUUCAAGGCAUUCUCGACAUGGGAAUCGGUUAAUGCACUCCAAAACGCAAGAGAGUGUUCCGGUGGUCAAGGUUACCUCGCCAGUAAUAUUAUUGCUUUGUUGCGUAUCGAUGCUGAUGUCAUGUUGACACUCGAGGGUGACAACACCGUACUCUGCCAACAGGUUGCCAAAGACCUGAUUACCGACAUGCAAAAGAAAGGUGCAUUUGGAUUCCUCAUGAAUAACAUCACCGAAGAGAUGGCAACCUAUUUCAGCAGUGGCGAUAUCUUGUCGCCGGAGUUCUUGAUCUACGUACUGGGAUACCGUGAGUCACGUCUCUGUCGUAUGGCAGCGAUGCGUCUCAGAAAGAUGGCAAAGCUACACGGUGGUUUCAGUGCAUGGAACAAAUGUCUUGACCAUUUGAUCAUCUUGGCGAAAGCACAUGUCGAACGUCGUAUCAUUGAGAUCUUCUACCAACGUAUGUUGGCCAAUGCUAAACCAGAGAUUGCCGGUAUACUCAAGUUGAUUCUCACCACCUAUGCACUCUACUUGAUCGAUCGUAGCCGUGGAUUCUACAUUGAACACUCGAUCAUCAGCAAAAAGCGAUGCAAGCAGAUCAAGAACACUCUGGUACGUCUAUGCGAAGACAUGACAGUAAACUCAAAGGAUAUCAUACAAUCAUUUGGUGUUCCAAAACAAUUCCAAAAUGUUCCAAUGUUGAAUUCAAAGUUUUAA